AAGAAGAAGAAGGCCGUCAACCGAAGCAAGCUUCGAAUAUUAGGCCGUUUUGUUCGGUACGUGCUUCGUCGUUUGAGUAUUAACGUCGCCAGUAGAUAAUUACGUUUGUAUGGGCUGAACGCCGCACAGUUUUCAUCAGGAUAUUUAUGAUGGGACACGCGGUGUGUGAUAGAAAGAUUGUAUUUCGAUAGAGAAGUCUCUGUACGUCGUUUCUUUAUUGGGAACCCAUCCCCUUCUGUUGUUGUUUUUUUCCGCUCCACCGGAGAGCCGUAGUUACACAGGCCGCAGAUUGGAUCUCGUUGCUGGGAGGGACCGUUCACACUCGUCCUGCUGCUAACACGAUUAGCCAACUAAGAUGUGUUGUCGCCGCCGCUGUUGCUGUACUCUCCUCACAGCGGGCCGCUGUUCGUCGAGGCUGGUCCUUGGUUAAGUGUUCGCCCCGACCAAGCUGAAGGCUGACUGUAAAUACAACACACCUGUAAAGGAUGGAUCUCGAGUCAUGUACUGGGGAGGACAGAACCAGGAGAAAAGUGGAUUUGGCCGGAAUGACAGAGGGCACAAUGGAAGUCAUACCACUGGAGAUGUAUGAUUCUGCCAGAGCGAAAAUAGCUGCCAACCUGCGGUGGCUGUUUGCUAAAGCUUAUGGCAUUGAUCAUAUUCCAGAGGACUUGCGGGACCCAUUCUAUACAGACCAAUAUGACCAGGAACACAUCAAGCCACCCGUCAUCCACCUGCUUCUGUCAUGCGAGCUCUAUUGCCGUGUCUGUACCCUAAUCUUGAAGACAGAACAGGCAGCUUCUCUUCAGUCACACAUGUCUGUUAUCCAUGCUUUGUUCCGGAAGGGCAUUUAUGUCGUUGAGAGUGACGAUACACCUGUCACAGAGGAGGACUUGUCCUGUAUGCCCAUCAAAAUGAGUGCUCACAUCCCUAUGAUUGAUGCCCUGAUGAUGGCCUACACAGUGGAGAUGAUCAGCAUUGAAAAAGUGGUGGCUUCUGUCGAACGCUUUUCUACCUUCAGUGCCUCCAAGGAGCUGCCUUAUGACCUGGAGGAUGCCAUGGUUUUUUGGAUCAACAAGGUGAACAUGAAAAUGAGGGAAAUUUCAGAAAAGGAGCACAAAGUAAAGCACCAUCCACUGGAGUCUCCAAGCCACCAGAAAUCUCCCUCCAAAUGGUAUUGGAAACUAGUCCCUGUUCGGUAUCGUCGGGAGCACGCCUCAGGCCGACAGCUGCCUUUCUUCCCACUGCUGGAAGACCUGAUGAGAGAUGUGUGUGAUGGAGCUGCACUGCUCACUGUGGUCCACUACUACUGCCCAGAUCUCAUGAAACUCGAUGAUAUUUACCUGAAAGAGGUACCUUCCAUCGCUGACAGCCUUUACAACAUCCAGCUCAUCAGAGAGUUUGCCAACGAGAAUCUGAACAAAAGUUUCUACCUGACGACAGAGGACAUGCUCUAUGCACCACGUGUGCUCAAGCACAAUGUGAUGGUGUUCAUCGCUGAACUCUUUUGGUGGUUUGAGACUGUAAAGCCAGAGUUUGUCCACCCCAGAGAUCCUCAAGAGUUUAAAGACACUCGAGCCAUUGUUCAGCCCAAGACAGCCCGCCUAGCAGUGCCCAUUUCCAAUGCUACCAAGCGUAGCUUCUUGGCCAGUCCUGGUAUUGCUGAUAACCAGAGCAGCCCUGAAGUCUGUAACAGUCGAGGGGGUCCAUCAUUCAGUCCCUCCCAUCCACUCCUUCCCCUGCGACAGAGGCAGCAGAAGCAGCAAGGAGACGAUGGUACAGGUCUCAGGAACCGCUCCAACUCCCUGACUCAGAUGGAUGGACAACCCAGAGGCUCUUUUGUCGCAUGGUCUGACAGAAGGCAGAGACCUCUGUCCACGAUGAGCCCCUACAUGCUUCACUCAGCCACAGACAGUGAUGCGGACAAGGUUUCUGGUGACAGUGUAAGCUUGGCCAGGUCCAUAAGUAAGGACAGCUUGGCGUCCAACGUUGUUAAUGUCACACCCAAACACCAGGUGUAUGUCCAUCAGCCUUCACAAGCAGCAGUGCGCAGAGUCAAUGGCCAUAAUUUACUUGGAAAUGUCAACGUUGAGGAUGAGAAAGAAACAGUUUUGUCAGUUGGCAGAGCGGAUGCUCCCACCAUUCCUAAAGGAGUUCACGGGAUGCAGGCAACGGCUGCGGUUGGACCCAAAUCUUCCACUGAGUCCAAACCUGCAUCGGAUAGCUUUUACCUUGAACCGCUGAUGCCUGCUGUGCUCAAAGCAGCCAAAGAGAAGUCUGUAUGCCUAAAUAAGGAAGAUGAAAGUGGUGAAGGGCCGCAUACUUCAGGAAGGAGUUCUCUAUGCAGAGGGGAUGGUCCUAAUUUGGUUGUUCAUAGGAAAGCUCCAUUCAGUCUAAAUCAAACCUUUGUCCCUUCUAUUGAGGAGAUGGACUCGUCAACAGAACAGGGUCAAGCAAGUUGCAGGUCUGUUAUCACUAGCAAUGUGGACCAAACCUGCAGAGGGGAUGGUCCUAUUUUGGCUCGUCAUAGGAAAGCUCCAUUCAGUGUGAACCAAACCUUUACUCCUUCUGGUGAGGAGAUGGACUCUUCAGUAGAACAGGUUCAAACCAGUUGCAGGUCUGUUAUCACCAGCAAUGUGGACCCCUUGUCCAGCGAGUCAGCUAUGGGUUUCUAUCUCCACUCAGAUUCUGAAGACUCAAAAUCUGGCUAUGGCUUAGAUCCUGACCUGCUAGAUGUGAAUGAAGAGGAUGAGGAUUUGGAUGUAGUUGUUGCCACUAAGGACCCUAAAUGGUCAAGGAAAACACUGGAAGAAGAUGAAGAAGAAUCAGCCAAGCUCCAUGAGGAUAUGAAUGUAAAAGAGCAUGAAGACAAAGACAUUAAUGGUGGCAGUGGCUGCUCUAGCCCUUGUUUUAGUGCCCAUUCCCAGGCUAGCAGCAUAGCCAGUGGCAGUAUACGCAUGACCUCAUUUGCUGAGCGCAAAGCUCAACAGCAGCGUUUUGGCAGCAACCAUGACUUACACUCCAGUGCAUCAAGCUCUCAAAGGACGACUCCAGAUGGAUCAGAGAGUAGUGGACCUUUGGCCUCCUCUUGGAGGAUCAAGAGAGAUCAAAGCCCCUCCUCACCUUUAGGAGGGGGUACCCUCACAGGUGAAGGAAGUAGUGGUGCUAAUGUGCUAGCUUCAGAAAUUGUCCAGCUCCAUAUGCAGCUGGAAGAGAAACGACGUGCCAUUGAGCACCAAAAAAAGAAGAUGGAAGUCCUGUCAGCUCGGCGGAGGCACAAGCUGGGUAAGGCAGCCUUCUUGCAUGUUGUGAAGAAAGGUGGUGGCAGAAGUGACACACUGCCCAGUCCAUUUAAAGGUGACCUGUCCAAGGAAGACCUCAGUAUAGAGAAAGGAACAUCAGCUAAAGAUAUGUGUGUUGAUGCUGUGAGGGUGGACAAAGAGGUGGAGGCAGCCAGCCUGCCAGGUGCCUUAGAGACAGAAAAGAAAGGUAACAGUGGAAGCUUCUGUCUAGAGGAAGAGUUGGACCUCAACGAGUGCAACCGCACCAUUGAACUGCUGAAUGAAUCCAUUGGCAGCAUCCAGCAACAGAUGAUGCAGCUGUCUCUGCAGCAAAAUAUGUUAAUGAAACAGAAUGUACAGUCUCCCCCUGGUGGAACUCUCCAAACUCCCCUAACCAGUGACAAAACCAGUGACUCAAAGGCUGGGUCAAACUUUCACUUUGGGGAACACAUUUCCAGCACAGGUACCGCACCCAUCAGGAAACCUCCCAAAUUGAGCUCAGGCCGAGGGUCCAGAUCCAAACCAACUGAGCUAAAGAUGUCAAAGGAGCAGAGCCGACAGGCCUCCAAUACCACCCCUCAAUCUGGAUCAGAGACAUUAUCACAACCAAGGCAUGUUGCUGGGGGCAGGUCCCCCAGAACCGAACAACCUGACACUACAAGUUCCAGAAACUCCACAGUAGGCCAGACAAUCGACAGGCCAGGAGCUGCUCAUGCACGAAGUGCCACUUUCCGACUGUUUGACGAGGCGAACAUCCGCCUACCCACCCGAGUGGACCUGUCAGCAAUUACUACCCCAGAGGUGUCCUUGGACAAAUGCCUGUCCAGCAUCUCGAAAGAUUCUGAGCUCAACUCUUCAGACGGGUCAGGGAAGGAGAAUGCUACAUUGUUGGAGUUGCAGCGCAGCAAGGCCCACCUGAUUGAGGUUGAUCUGUCAGAGCUGAAGGACCCUGAGGGAGAGGAAUCUGGUGAGGAUGGAAUGACAGACGGGGGUGAUGGAGAGCAGAAGUCAGUCAUGGGCUUCUUUUUUAAGGAUGAGCAGAAAGCGGAGGAUGAACUUGCUAAGAAGAGAGAGGCAUUCUUGCAGAAGCAGAAGAAAAAAGCCGAGGAGGCCCGGCUCCGCAAACAACAAUUAGAAGUGGAAUCUGAGCUCAAACGAGAUGAAGCCAGACGCAAGGCUGAGGAGGAGCGCAUGCGUAAAGAGGAGGAGAAAACGAGACGGGAGCUCAUAAAGCAGGAUUAUCUGCGCAAGAAACAGCAGGAGAUGUUUGAGGAGCAAGGUCUUGUCAAGCCCAAGACCCCCAAGCCAAAGCUGAAACACCGUUCUAAGCCUGUCUUAAGAGAAGAAUCAUCAACCAGUGAGAAUUUCUCCAAGUGCUCUUCUUCCACACCUGACAACCUGAGCAAUGCGCAGUCAGGCUCCAGUCUGUCCCUGGCCUCUGCCGCCACCAACGAGGCAGACAGCGUCAACUCUGGAGGAGGGGGCUCCCAGCGCUGUGAUUCUGUGGAGUCGUUUCCAGGUAGCCGAAACAGCCGAGCAGCAGAAAGAGACUGGGACAACGGCUCCACUGCGUCUUCCAUCACUUCUUUGGCUGAAUAUACUGGUCCAAAACUGUUUAAGGAACCCAGCGCCAAGUCAAAUAAGCCAAUCAUUCACAAUGCAAUCUCCCACUGCUGCCUGGCCGGGAAGGUCAACGAGCCUCAGAAGAACCAGAUCCUUGAGGAGCUGGAGAAGUGUGAGUCCAACCACCUGAUGAUCUUGUUCCGUGACGGCGGCUGCCAGUUCCGAGCGCUCUACUCAUACUUUCCUGACACUGAAGAGAUUCAAAAGCUGACAGGCACGGGACCCAAGAGCAUCACCAAGAAGAUGAUUGACAAGCUGUAUAAGUACAGCUCGGACCGAAAGCAGUUCACGGUCAUUCCUGCCAAGACCGUGUCCGUCAGCGUAGAUGCACUAACCAUCCACAACCACCUGUGGCAGGCCAAGAGAGCCGCCGUGCCAAAGAAGAACGGGAAAUAAGCAGCCGACUUUAAAAUUCUCUGUCACCCAAACCAUCUGUCCCCAUCUUGCUCGCUUGCUGAACAGACUGCGCUGGCAGCCACAGCGAAACCAAGAGUCGUGUUUCAUGUGAAAACCUGGAAUAAAUGGCAUGCACAUGGUGGCGGUCAUCUGUGCUUGCAGAAGAAGAAACACCAGCUGAAGGCAUUUCAGCAUCUUCUCCCUGUGAUCUGUUCAGGUUCUUUUGGUCCAGCUUCAUUUUUCUACCCCAACCACGACUGAAGCAUGUGGCAUUUUUCUUUGUCUUGUUUGUGGUGGAGUUUGUUUAUUUUAUUUUAAUUUUUUUAACACAACUACUUUUUAUUAAUUCAGCACGGCCACAGUCCAGAGCUCAUCUGCAGCACUAAAACCCAUCUGGUACUCGAACAAACUCUCCACUGGGCAAAGAAUUUGCAAAACAAGAUGUCGGGGGAUUUGUGUCUUGGGAGCAUCUGAAGCUAAAGACCUUUGUACAACCCUUUAGGAUCGUCCUCACAGCAGAAGACGCUUCCUGUCCAACCAGGCUGACAUUACCAAGAUUGCCUCGCCAUGGAUCUGCAAACCUGCUGCUCUGAACUGUCUUCUUUUUGUCACGGGGAGUCCCGCCAUCUCCCUCAGACAUCUGUUUGCCUUUCACGCAUCGUGGUACUAUCGUCUGUUUGUUCAGCCGCUUUUUAAAAACAAAAACUAGACGCUGAUCGCGUAGCACUGGAUGUGUAUA